GUGGGAGACAAGGCUGGAGAGGGAGGAAGUUAUUGCAAUCUCGGCAACGCUUAUCAAGGUCUAGGACAGUUCAAAACAGCCAUCCAGUACCAUCAACGUGAUCUAGAAAUUGCUAAAGAAGUGGGAGACAAGGCCGGAGAGGGAAUCAGUUAUGGCAAUCUCGGCAACGCUUAUCAAGGUCUAGGAAAGUUCAAAACAGCCAUCCAGUACCAUCAACGUCAUCUAGAAAUUGCUAAAGAAGUAGGAGACAAGGCUGGAGAGGGAAUCAGUUAUGGCAAUCUCGGCAACGCUUAUCAAGGUCUAGGACAGUUCAAAACAGCCAUCCAGUACCAUCAACGUCAUCUAGAAAUUGCUAAAGAAGUGGGAGACAAAGCCGGAGAGGGAAAAAGUUAUAGCGGUUUCGGCAACGCUUAUCGAGGUCUAGGACAGUUCAAAACAGCCAUCCAGUACCAUCAACGUCAUCUAGAAAUUGCUAAAGAAGUGAGAGACAAGGCCGGAGAGGGAAGAAGUUAUAGCGGUUUCGGCAACGCUUAUCGAGGUCUAGGACAGUUCAAAACAGCCAUCCAGUACCAUCAACGUGAUCUAGAAAUUGCUAAAGAAGUAGGAGACAAGGCCAGAGAGGGAAGAAGUUAUGGCAGUCUCGGCAAGGCUUAUCAAGGUCUGGGACACUUCAAAAGAGCCAUCCAGUACCAUCAACGUCACCUAGAAAUUGCUGAAGAAGUGGGAGACAAGGCCGGAGAGGGAAUCAGUUAUGGCAAUCUAGGCAACGCUUAUCACAGUCUAGGACAGUUCAAAACAGCCAUCCAGUACCAUGAACGUCAUCUAGAAAUUGCUAAGGAGGUGGGAGACAAGGCCGGAGAGGGAAUCAGUUAUGGCGGUUUCGGCAACGCUUAUCGAGGUCUAGGACAGUUCAAAACAGCCAUCCAGUACCAUCAACGUCAUCUAGAAAUUGCUAAAGAAGUGGGAGACAAGGCCGGAGAGGGAAUCAGUUAUAGCGGUUUCGGCAACGCUUAUCGAGGUCUAGGACAGUUCAAAACAGCCAUCCAGUACCAUCAACGUCAUCUAGAAAUUGCUAAAGAAGUGGGAGACAAGGCCGGAGAGGGAAGAAGUUAUUGCAAUCUCGGCAACGCUUAUCAAGGUCUAGGACAGUUCAAAACAGCCAUCCAGUACCAUCAACGUCAUCUAGAAAUUGCUAAAGAAGUGGGAGACAAGGCCGGAGAGGGAAUCAGUUAUAACAGUUUCGGCAACGCUUAUCGAGGUCUAGGACAGUUCAAAACAGCCAUCCAGUACCAUCAACGUCAUCUAGAAAUUUCAAGGCCGGAGACAGUUAUUAUUUCGGCAACGCUUAUCGAGGUCUAGGACAGUUCAAAAUAGCCAUCCAGUACCAUCAACGUCAUCUAGAAAUUGCUAAAGAAGUGGGAGACAAGGCUGGAGAGGGAAUCAGUUAUGGCAAUCUCGGCAACGCUUAUAAAGGUCUAGGACAGUUCAAAACAGCCAUCCAGUACCAUCAACGUCAUCUAGAAAUUGCUAAAGAAGUGGGAGACAAGGCCGGAGAGGGAAUCAGUUAUAGCAAUCUCGGCAACGCUUAUCAAGGUCUAGGACAGUUCAAAACAGCCAUCCAGUACCAUCAACGUCAUCUAGAAAUUGCUAAAGAAGUGGGAGACAAGGCCGGAGAGGGAAUCAGUUAUAGCGGUUUCGGCAACGCUUAUCGAGGUCUAGGACAGUUCAAAACAGCCAUCCAGUACCAUCAACGUCAUCUAGAAAUUGCUAAAGAAGUGGGAGACAAGGCCGGAGAGGGAAUCAGUUAUUGCAAUCUCGGCAACGCUUAUCAAGGUCUAGGACAGUUCAAAACAGCCAUCCAGUACCAUCAACGUCAUCUAGAAAUUGCUAAAGAAGUAGGAGACAAGGCCGGAGAGGGAAUCAGUUAUGGCAGUCUCGGCAACGCUUAUCGAGGUCUAGGACAGUUCAAAACAGCCAUCCAGUACCAUCAACGUCAUCUAGAAAUUGCUAAAGAAGUGGGAGACAAGGCCGGAGAGGGAAUCAGUUAUGGCAAUCUCGGCAACGCUUAUCACAGUCUAGGACAGUUCAAAACAGCCAUCCAGUACCAUCAACGUCAUCUAGAAAUUGCUAAAGAAGUGGGAGACAAGGCCGGAGAGGGAAUCAGUUAUAGCGGUUUCGGCAACGCUUAUCGAGGUCUAGGACAGUUCAAAAGAGCCAUCCAGUACCAUCAACGUCAUCUAGAAAUUGCUAAAGAAGUAGGAGACAAGGCCGGAGAGGGAAGAAGUUAUUGCAAUCUCGGCAACGCUUAUCAAGGUCUAGGACAGUUCAAAACAGCCAUCCAGUACCAUCAACGUCAUCUAGAAAUUGCUAAAGAAGUGGGAGACAAGGCCGGAGAGGGAAUCAGUUAUGGCAAUCUCGGCAACGUUUAUCACAGUCUAGGACAGUUCAAAACAGCCAUCCAGUACCAUCAACGUGAUCUAGAAAUUGCUAAAGAAGUAGGAGACAAGGCCGGAGAGGGAAUCAGUUAUUGCAAUCUCGGCAAUGUUUAUCAACGUCUAAGACAGUUCAAUACAGCCAUCCAAUACCAUCAACGUGGUCUAGAAAUUGCUAUAGAAGUGGGAAACAAGUAUGGAGAGGGAAUAAGUUAUUGCCUUCUCGGCAGGAUUCAUAAGGCUCAAAGAGAGUUUAAAACAGCUAUUGAAUGUUUUCAACGUCACCUAGAAAUAUCCAAAGAAGUGGGGGAUACGCCUGGAGAGGCUUGCUCACUCUGUUCCCUUGGAAGCAGUUUUGAGUGUCAAAGAAAUCUUAUGAUGGCCUUUGACUGCUAUUACUCGAGUGUAGAAUUGUAUGAUGAUAUCAGGGCCAGUCUUCAACUCAACGAUCAGUGGAAGGUUUGUUAUCGUAAUCAGCACCAAGCAGCCUACAAAGGUUUGUGGCGUAUAAAUCUCAAUCGAGGUCAAGUUGUGAAGGCUCUUCUUGCCACAGAGAAAGGACGUGCUCAAGCUCUAAGAGAUCUCAUGGUCACAAAAUAUCAGCCUGGCGAUUCUUUGACACCCAGCGCAUCCCGCAUUUCUCUGAGGUGGGUUCCAUUGAGCACAGUUUUCAUAGCUAUUAAUGGACCAUGCGUUUACUUCUGGGUUUGCCUCAGUGAAGAUAAUAUCCAGAUGAGAGAAGUGCACGUGAACAAAUACAAGUAUGAGGAUGAAUUGAAAUUUUUCAUCCAGUUACUGACCAAAACUGCUCUUAAGGAGAUCGGUACAAGAGGUACUGUUACCAUCGAAAAUCCUCCGCUUGACUCGCCGACAGAUGAUGAAGUGGCCAAUGACGUGAUCCGAGUUGAUGUGAGGCACUCCCAAUCAAGUGCUUUAAAGAAGCUGUAUGACAUCAUCGUUACUCCUAUUGCUGACCUGAUCGAAGGGAACGACGAGAUCACAUUCGUUCCUGAAGGUCCAUUUUGCCUUGUACCUUAUGCAGCGUUGCUGGACUCCAACUCAUCAUAUCUAAGUGAUUCUUUCAAAAUUCGUGUGCUUCCCUCUCUGACGACAUUGCAACUAAUUCAUGAUUGUACAGCUGACUUUCACAUGAAGACUGGUGCAUUGCUUGUCGGCGACCCAUGUUUCAAACAUAUCAUCUACGAGGGAACACUUUUGGUGCAACUUCCAGGCGCAAGGAAAGAAGUGGAGAUGAUCGGACGUUUCCUCAAUGUCUCCCCUCUCACUGGAGAAAUGGCAACAAAAGAUGAAGUGUUAAAACGAAUAUCAUCAGUGGCCUUAGUUCACAUAGCGGCGCACGGUAAAAUGGAAACUGGAGAAGUUAUCCUGGCACCAAACACCACAAGAGAUAACCCUCAGCCGCAAGAGAAAGACUAUCUACUGACGAUGAAAGAUGUCAUAGAAGCUGGGUUGCGAGCACGUCUGGUUGUACUUAGCUGCUGUCACACUGCUCGUGGGGAGGUGAUGGCCGAGGGUGUGGUCGGCAUGGCCCGUGCACUUUUGGGUGCCGGUGCCAGAUCUGUUGUGGUAACCUUGUGGGCGAUUGGCGACGAGGGAACCCUGGAGUUCAUGAGUUUCUUCUACUAUGAACUUGCCAAAGGCAAGAAGGCAAGCGAAGCUCUCAAUCAGGCCAUGAAGCGUAUGAGAGAAAUUGAAAAGUUCAAGGAGGUGAUUUACUGGGCACCAUUUGUACUCAUUGGUGACGAAGUCAGCCUGGAUUUCAAGGAGAUUUAG